GUUCACCUGGAGACGGAUUUAUUUUUUCGAGAGCAGCACGCGUAAAAACCCUCCAACUCCUGCAACGCUGUUAAAGCCUGUCUGUCUGCCCGGUGACCUCGCGGUGUUCACGGAAUGUUGGAGCACGAGAGACAGAAUUUUGAUAUCAACGUUUGGCGAUGCAGACUUAUUGAUGUUAAAAAAAACGCUUUUUGGUAAAGACGACCAGUGAUCCACUCUCCCCCAGCAGCAGGACGCGGAAUAUAGUGGAAUGAGGGGGACGCGUGUAUUCUCGCUGAAAUGUAAAAAAAACAAAAACCAUUGAAGGUCUCAGACGCUUUGUGACUGCAGAACAGACCUGUGGGAUCAGUGAAAGCAGCAUCCCUCCCUCCUCCCUCCUCCCUCCUCCCGUUUGCAUACAGUCCCCCUCUCUCGUCCUCACCUCCCACACGUCUUGUAUGCAGAGCACCUGCCUUUUCAUUUCCCCUCCUCCCUCCUCCCCCUCUUUUCUUUUGUCUGGAACUUUUUGUCUUGAACCUCGUCGUCAGACGCAGCUCUCUCUCUCUCUCUCUCUCUGUCCCGAGCCGCGGCCUGUCGGACUCAGACAUGCUCGGUCUUUUGGUUUACGCGUUCGUUUCUCUCCGUCCCUUUUUUAAUCCCACGUCCGCGGCGGUUCGUGCGUCAGGCCACGAGGACUCACCGUGGUUCAUCGGGUGCGUCGGCGCCGGCGCCUCCUCUCUCCUCCGGCUGCAUCCACCCGAGGGUGUCCGUGACCUUGACCCGGCGCCUUGCUCUGCGCGCUGUCUGGAUGACGGGUACCAGGUGGCAGCGUUGACCUUUGAGAGCUGUUACUGUGGCAACCUGCAGCUACAGGGUCUGGUCUUCAUUGAAUGUCUCAGCACAUCGACGUCCUCCAGCCGGGGGUCAGAUGAGAGGGAGAGACAAAGUGAUGUGUCCUUGCCCGUCGGUGGUGGACAGGGGACAGUAGCGCUCUACAGGACAGAGGGGUCGUUCCUGCACAGUGUCAGUCUGUCCACGUCUCCAGACAGAGUGCGGGCUGGGAAGACUUUUGCCCUGGGAGUCUCUGGAAACCUGGCGGGACGUCCCGACCAGCCCACAGGGAUUCCGAGUCUGGCGGGUCAGGACCUCUCUUUUGUCACUGUGGAGUUUCUGGACACGGCCCCGAAAGGUCAAAGUUCACAUCAUGUCAGCGUAUUGGAGGAUGGUUCUUUUUUUGUGUCUUCUGAAUGGAGUUUGGAAACUCCAGGAGAAUAUGAAAUCAAUGUCAGUGUCUCCAACCUCCUCUCCACGCUCUCCUCCACCCUCCGCCUGUCCGUCUCGCAGCCUGCACAUGGCCUGGUGAUCUCCAUGCUCCCCGGGCCCCUUGGGGUCCCCUCCUCCUGCGUACACCCUCAACAGGCCACCUCGAAGAGCGCGGCCACGCAACCGGUGUUCCUGGGCGACCCUGUCACACUGCAGUCGCUCGUGGGCGAAGGUCUGGCAACUGGGUUCUGCUGGUGCUUUGAUCGCGAAAAGAGAGAGGACAGAAAAGAGAUGGAGGAGGAGAGAAAAUGUGUUAAGACCACCUGCUUCCCAAACUCUGACUGUUUGAACAGCACUUUGAACUGGACGUUUGAAACAGAGGGCGUUUACACAGUGACAGUGAACGCCUCUGGAGCCACUGGGUGGACACAGCAGGCAAUACAUGUCGUGGCUGCGCUACCUGCAGUUUCCGACCUGAAAGUGAAUGUUUGGAGGAAUCCUCUGAGCGCCGGAGAGAGCAUUUCUCUCGACGUGGAACUGCUCACCACCAUGAAGCACCUGCUACUCCUCGACCUCACAAUAAAUCUCGAGCAUGACAGCAACGUUGACAGCAACGGCCGCAGCACUGACGGCAGAGACACGAGGAGUAAUAUAAGUAAUGAUGACACAAGUGUCUUCAGUGAUGAAAUUGAAAACAUCUAUGCCAACGCUACUUACUCUAAUAACAGCGAGAGUCACAUGAGCAAAAUUAUCCAAUGGGAAAACAUCACUGAUCACGACUGCAACUACAGUAACCAUGGCAACAUCAUCAAUGAUCACAAUUUCAGUCAGGGCCACGGUGAUGUCUGUUAUCAUGGUGGCACCCACCACCUCAUCCCUCUGCACCCCCUGCAGCCCUCCCAUCGGUCCGGCUGCCGCCUGCGCUUCCACCUUUGCUGCCGCCUCCCCAACGCAGCGGGACGGUAUCGCCUCACUGUGUCUGUUCUCUCUGCUCCUCAUCCUUCAUCGGUGCUCCUCUCCACUGUCCUGCCUCAAGCCCUGAUGGUGUAUGAGCACAUCCGGGCCCUGAGGCCUUCUGGGAGUUGGACGUCAGCGGUUCCCACGCACGCAGAGUUCAGCCUGGAGGUUGACGGCCAAGGUGGCCGCAUGGGUUAA